AAAAAAAAAAAUUUGAAAAUAGAUAUUAACAUCGACGUAACAGUGCCAUAGUCGGUCCGUUGGAACUUAGUUAAAGAGAACUCUUUAUUGUUUUUGUUUUUCUUUCUUAGCCAUAUAUAAAACACAAUCAGCGGGCUCAUUGAGAUCGGAUCCAUCUCUCUCUCUUUACUCUCUCUCUCUCUCUGCUUCUCAUAAUUUCCUCUUUUGGAAAUAACUGAACCUUUCACUCAGAUCUUUUUUGGUACAAAACCCAGGAUCCUAAACGUACCAUUAUUGUACCUACUACGUUUCUUCGAUCCAAACCCACUAAGGUCCACCAUUCUUCUCUGAUUUCAUAAAUAGUUAAGGGUUUAUUCAUUGCCUUCAAUAUCGGAUCUCUGGGAAGGGACUGUUAAUAGGCAUUUUUUUUAGUGCAAUGAGAUCUGCAUCAUAACAUAAUAGUAUUCAAGAGAGGACUGAAAAUUAAGUUCUGUUGAAGAGCUAAAAUGAGAGGAAGAUCUGAUGGAGUGCAAAAGAAGCGUGUGAUCACAUCUCUCUGUAUCGUGGCUAUCUUCCUUGGUUUCCUGUAUGUAUAUUAUGGAUCCAUCUUUGGCGCUCAAAAUCGUGGUUCGUCGGCUCUAGAAUAUGGCAGCAGGUCUUUGAGAAAGCUUGGGUAUUUGGGUAGUGAUGAAGAUGCUGUUGGCAAACAGGAAUCUUCAACAAAAUUUGGGCUGGAUGAUGGAGAUGAUGAAUUUAUAGCGAAGAGCUUUCCUGUUUGUGAUGAUCGGCAUUCAGAACUAAUUCCCUGCUUAGACAGACACCUUAUAUACCAAUUGAGAUUGAAGUUGGACCUCUCUUUGAUGGAGCACUAUGAAAGACAUUGCCCUCCUCCGGAAAGGCGGUACAAUUGCUUGAUUCCUCCUCCACCAGGGUACAAGGUCCCAAUCAAAUGGCCAAUAAGCAGAGAUGAAGUGUGGAAAGCAAACAUACCUCAUACUCACCUUGCACAUGAGAAAUCUGACCAGAACUGGAUGGUUGUGAAAGGUGAAAAGAUAGUGUUCCCUGGGGGAGGCACACAUUUUCACUAUGGAGCUGAUAAAUAUAUUGCUUCUAUUGCAAAUAUGCUCAACUUUUCACACAACAAUUUAAACAACGAAGGGAGAUUACGAACAGUUUUUGAUGUUGGUUGUGGAGUUGCAAGUUUUGGAGCCUAUCUUCUUUCAUCUGACAUUAUAACAAUGUCCUUAGCACCAAAUGAUGUGCACCAAAACCAAAUCCAGUUUGCUCUUGAAAGAGGAAUCCCAGCAUAUCUUGGUGUAUUAGGGACAAAAAGGUUGCCUUAUCCAAGCAGAUCUUUUGAACUUGCUCACUGUUCCCGCUGUAGGAUUGAUUGGCUUCAAAGGGACGGGAUUCUUCUUCUUGAGCUAGACAGGUUGCUUAGACCGGGAGGUUAUUUUGCCUACUCUUCACCUGAAGCCUAUGCGCAGGAUGAGGAGGACCUGAGGAUAUGGAGAGAGAUGAGUGCUCUUGUUGAACGUAUGUGUUGGAGAAUAGCUGCAAAGAGGAAUCAAACUGUCAUAUGGCAAAAGCCUCUAACAAAUGACUGUUAUAUGGAAAGAGAACCUGGUACACAGCCCCCUCUCUGCCGUUCUGAUGAUGACCCAGAUGCAGUCUGGGGUGUGCCAAUGGAAGCCUGCAUCACACCAUACUCUGAUCAAAUUCAGAAAGCAAAGGGUAGUGGAUUGGCUCCCUGGCCAGCGAGACUGACCACUCCUCCUCCCCGACUUGCUGAUUUUGGCUAUUCGAAUGAAAUGUUUGAAAAGGAUACGGAAAUUUGGCACCGAAGAGUUCAGAAUUAUUGGAACCUAUUGAGUCCAAGGAUUGAACCAAACACUCUGAGGAACUUAAUGGACAUGAAAGCACAUAUGGGAUCCUUUGCUGCUGCUCUCAAGGACAAGGAUGUUUGGGUGAUGAAUGUUAUCCCUGAAGAUGGACCCAAAACACUAAAGCUGAUAUAUGACAGAGGACUUAUAGGCACAACUCACGACUGGUGUGAGGCCUUUUCAACAUAUCCUCGGACUUAUGAUUUACUCCAUGCAUGGACUGUCUUCUCUGACAUUGAGAAGAAAGAAUGUAGCGGUGAGGAUCUGCUGAUAGAGAUGGAUCGCAUACUUAGACCGAAUGGUUUCAUAAUCAUUCGUGAUAAACAAUCGGUGGUAGAUUUUGUAAAGAAGUAUUUAACAGCAUUGCAUUGGGAAGCAGUGGCAACGGCUGAUGCCAGGUCAGAUUCAGAUGAGGAUGGGGACGACGUCGUGUUUAUUAUCCAAAAGAAAAUGUGGCUGACAAGCGAAAGCCUCAGGGAUGCGGAGUAAGGAAAAAUUGCCUUGCCAUUUUCCCCGAUUCCAUUUGUGUUCCUCUGCUAAGCCAAGGGACUCAAAACAAGCAUGUCCCAAAGCAGUGAUAUGGUAACAGUUCUGUUUUGUAGCACUAAUGAUGUUUUACAAAUAUACAUAUAUUUUUUUCAAAGAAGAAAUUAUUUGUCUUUCAGUUAUUUGUUAUAAUGAUUUAGUUGAUAAUCCAUAGACUACCUGCAUCAAUAGGGUAUUUAUUCAUCAAAAUUUGUACUUCAAUUUUUUGAAUUUGUUUCGAAUUGUUAUGUAAGCUUCUUUAAGUUAUUGAAUUAAUAAUCAAAAAAUAGAAUUGCUGCUGAA